GAAACUUAUGGUUAUUAUGCGCUCUUUUGUAAAUUUCUUGCUUUGUUCCAGAAAUUAUGUUCAUAGAUGAUUUAUGUGAUGCAAAAAUUUAAAUAUUUAAUUAAUCAUUUAAAGAAGUAAGUUUUGUACAAAUUUGUUUUCUCCAACUUUAUUCAGAAAAACCACGGUAUACUAAAUUUUUAUAUCCAUGUCUAGAUAACACACAAUCUAGGAACAUAUUUUGUAAUGCCAUUUACAAGCACGAACCAUAAAUUAAAACAUCAAUCUUAAUUUAUGGUAUAAUUAUGCUUGAAUAAUUGAAUAAUUAAAAAUUGAUAUAAUGUUGAUAUUAAGUUGUUUAUAUCAUGUCUCACAAAAUUAUAGUCUAGACUACUAUUUUAGCUAUUCAAAAUAAUAUAGGUAUAUCUUAUAUUUUAGUAGACAAAAUGGAUUGUAUCAUACUUAUAGUAAAGUUUGGUAAAAAAACACAAUGGAACACUGAUAAAAAAAACUUUGAAUUUCCCCUUUAUCAAAAACUAUUUAAAUAGGUACAGGUGGUACUGCUAUGGUUUAAAUUAAUACAAUUUAAUAUACUAACAAAUAAAUAAUAGAAAGAAGACUGAAAUCAAUAGAAUAAUGAGUACUUUUACAGCAAUUUUUAUUUUUAUUUAAUACAAUAAAUGUUAUUUAAUUUAAGAAUAAAAAAUGUUAACAGAUUAUAACAAUAUAUUAUGGUCAGAUUUUCAUUAUCUUGACAACAUUGCUUUUAGGUCUGGAAAAAAAAAGUUAAUUUAUUUUAAAUAUUUUAAUAAAUUUAUGUAUAAUAUGUUAACUUAAGUAUUUUUAGAAAUAGUUAAUGAAAAUUAAUACAUACUUAUUGUGUUCUAUUUAGGAUAAAUUAUACAGAAAUAACAAAAGAUUCAAACAUCAGCAUGUUUUCAAAACUUAAAGAUAACUCUAUUACUACACACAAUAUAAUUAAUGAUGCACAAAAUAUUGUUUGGUUUGAUGGCGAGGUACGUAGGAAUAGAUUAUUAUUUAUUUAUGUUUUGUUUGUUGAAAUUUUAGAAAAUUGGUAAUUUUACUUAGACAAAAAAAAUAUCACAGUAUUAUAAAUUAGUAUUAGCUGAAAGUGACUUAUUUGUUAAAUGCUGUUAGAUAUUACAUAUUAUAAUAUGUAAUGCGAACAUAAUCCUUUCCUCUUAGUGUUUUACAUUGCUUGUAAAUUUUAAUAGGAAAACUGCAAAUUUUUUUUUUGCGCACAACAACAGCAUUAUAAAUAUAGUAGAAUACAGUAGAAUUUAAUAAAAUAAAAUAUGUGAAAUAAUGUAUUGUUCAUUUAAUAAAAAUUAGAAAAUAGAAAAAAAGCUUAUCUUGUGCAGUUUUUUUUUCAAAAAAAAAAAACUUUGAAGAGUAGAUCUGUAGCGAGUAGAUAUUGCAUUGUUUUGUGUUGUGCUACAGUUAAUAUAUACAUAACCUUUUUUAAUAGAAUUCAUUUCCACAGUUUACUUUUAUUCAAAUAAAGGUGUUUUUGUGAACAAGGGACUUAUGGUCAUUUUUAUCAUACGUGCAAAUAGCCCAUGUAUUUUGUCAGACUUGACACCAAAUAAUAUAAAUAGUGAAUAUUAAUUAUUAAAUUUAUUUAGGGAGAGGAAGCCAAAUCUCCCAAGCCCCCUUGUAUUUGUACUUAUAUCUUGGGCCACUUGUAGUAAAAUGUAUUUCUAAAUAUAUUUAGAUGACUGGAUUAAAUGCAGAUAAACAUACUCUUAUUGAAGCGGCCAUCAUUAUAACCGAUGGACAGUUAAACAUUUUAGCUGAGAGUCCAAAUAUCAUUAUACACCAACCAGAUAAAGUGUUAGAAAACAUGGAAGAAUGGUCCAAGGAACACCAUGCAUUAGUAAAUGUUUAAAUAUUAUAUAUAUAUUAGUGUCCCAACUUAAAAAUUUCAGUAAUAUUCUCUGAAUGUGUACACAAUAAUGAAAUUCACAAAAACAUUUACAAAUUAAAUUAACAUAUAAUUUUCAUACACUUAUGGGUAUCUGUAAAAUAAAAAACAUCUUCAAAUGAAAUAUUUUUAUUUAUUUUGCAUACUUUUAAAAAACAUUGGUGUAAAAACAUCAAAUUUAAAUCACUCUUAAUAGUGUUUGAUAUUUAUAGAUCAUAAAUCAUAUUAUAUAAUAUAAAUAUAUAUUUAUUAUUAUAUUACAUAUGUUUAAUGGUUAUGUACAUUUAUUUUUAUUAUGCUUAUAUUUUUUUAAAUUUUUUUUAUUAGAGUGGUUUAACUGAGAGUGUUCGUCAAAGCAAUAUAUCAAUUAAACAAGCUGAUCAAAUAUUAUAUGACUUUAUUAAACCAUUUACUCCUAAAGGUAAAUAAAAUGCCUUUUUUGUAGCCUUUUGUUAAUAAAGGGUAAUCCUAGUUGAAUUCCACUUAAAAUAAUUAGUAAUAUACACAAUAUACCAAUUGUAAAUGUAUAAUUAAUAUUUUAAAUUCUUGGUAAUAGAGUUUUUAAUAUACAAGAUUAUAAAGAUAUUUUUCUUAUUAUUGAUAGCGAAAAUGUUUGCAAAAAUAUAAAUAAUUUUUAGAAGCAUUUUGGUUUCAACUUUAAACAGCUAUUUUUAGGACAUAAUAAUUAUGUAUAUAGUGUAAUUAACAUAAUAAUUUGGACUUAGCAUUUGCAUGAAUUAGUAGAGAAUCACAGUUAUAAUUUAUAAAUUUACAUGAAAAUGUUAAUGUAAAUUUGUUUGUUUUUAGGAAUGUGUCCAUUGGCUGGCAAUUCUAUUUACAUGGAUAAAAUAUUUAUUAGAAAAUACAUGCCUAAACUUGAAAGUCAUUUAAGUUAUCGACUAAUAGAUGUUUCCACUUUGAAAGAGUUGUAUAAGUAUGAUUCAAAUAUAAGAAAAAAGGAUAAUAUUGCUGAUGGGUGUAUCACUGUUUUAGAAGGGGUAUUGAAUGAGAGGAUAUACAAGGUGAUUCAAAAUUUAUAUUAAAACCAUUUUACCAUGUAAAUAUUGAAAAUAAAGAAAAAAGUUUUUUAGUUUAUAAACAUCUAAAAUAAUUUGUAUAUUUUAGAUUAUAAGGGAAGUGAGGAAUGUAUGUAGGUAUUGGUUUUACAAUAAUGUUUAUUUUAUUUUUUCUGUAUACAACUUGUAUACCAGCAAUUUUGAUCCAAUUUACUAUAAUAGCAUUAUUUCUGAAAGGAAAUCUGACUAGGGUGGUACUUUAGGGAAGUAAAUUUUCCUUUGAGUUUUCCCAAUAAAUGAGAAAAAACAGGGAAAUGUACCAAAUGUAUUUUUUGGAGGUCUACUACUAUUGAAAUUCAAAUAUAGAUGAAGUGUUACUUUAAAUAAAUUUUAGUAUUAUAAUUUUUGAUAUCUAUAAACCCGUUGAAGAGAUUUUAUCUAGUUUUUGAUUGAGUGCAUAAAGAUAUAAUUUUUUUGUUCCUUGUAGUUUUCUAAUUAAUGGGAAAACUAUACAUAUAGAUUCUGAGUAGAAUGAAGAAUGUAUUUAUUGAUAUGGAUUAUCUUGAUAAAAAGGAAAAAAUAUACAGACACUUCGAAUGAUGGGUGGGUCAUUGAUGUAGGUGAAAAGUUUGGAAGGUAGAGAGGAAAUUUAAUGUAUAUCAUGACAAUUAACCAUCGUUAACAAAGAACGAUUCUGAGCAGAGUUCGGUUAAUUGGUUAAUAGUGUUGCUUUGUAAUAUUUAAAAAUUAGGCCAUAAUAUUUAUGAAUUAUAUCAAAAUAUAUUCAAAAUAUUAUCAAAAUUGUAUAAUAAAAAUAAUAAUAAUACUACAUUGAACAAAAUUAUAAUUUUUAUUUUUACCAUAAAGUACGACUUAUAUGAACCGCCUAUUAAAUUUCUAGCAUUUCUGUUUGGGCUAAUAAUUUUACCCAUAAAGUACCCAUCAAACGAAAAUCGUGUAAAAAAACCCUCAAAAUUAAAAUGUCUAUUAAUGGUUUAAAAAUGGCUACAAUGUUUUGAUCAUUUUACUACUUCUAGAAAAGGCGAAUAUUAGUUUUCUGUCCAAACUUCAAAUCUCUACAAAUAUUCUUAAAUUAAUCAAAACAAAAAAUUUAAAACAAUGCAUUUUAUACAUUUUCUCAUUUUUUCCCAGAUACUUUCCAUUUAUAAGAAAACAGCUGGGAAAAUCAAAAAAAUGACCCGUUGAAAGUACCACCACAGUCAGAUUUCUUAACAUGGACAUCAGAGCAAAAUUACUGGUAGAAGAGUUGUCCACAGAAAAAAAAAAACAUCGUACACCAAUACAUUCUUUACUCUACUCAAAAUUAAAAAUACAACUAAUAAUAUUUAAAAUGGUUUAUUGUUGCUUACAGAUAUAAAUUAAAUUAACUCUGUACAUUAUCCCUUCAAAAUUUAAAACAGUAGCAUACCCAUCAUCAGUAUCAGCCUUUUUUUUUAUUAUAUUCAACAACAAAUAAUUUUUUUAAGUUUAUUCAAAUUUUGCUGGAGGUACUUAUAUGCAUGAUAGGAACUAUUCAUGUUUCUAAUACAUCAUAUUAUGAAAAAUCAAAAUAAUAAAGUUUUGAUAAAUGUUUAAAUGUAUUUUAGACGUUGGAAACCGGAAUUAUUAAAUGAAAUGCCAAAGAAAACAUUUAAACACAGAGCACUUGAUGAUAUUAGAGAAAGUUUAAAAGAACUCCAAUUUUAUAAAAAUUUAAUUUAA